UCAUUCCCUCUCCCCCUCCCUUUUUCUUACUAUAUGUCAACAGUUGCCAUGGAAACUAUUUUGCUCUUCCUCUCUUCACUCCUGGUGUGUGUGGCUGCUGUAUCAGAGAACAGUGGGCAAGUUGACAAGAAGACAGUUGAAAACCCAUUUAUUUAUGACUAUGAGAGCCUGAGGAUUGGGGGAUUGGCAUUUGCCGUGGUGUUGUUCGCACUGGGCAUUCUUCUCAUCCUUAGUCGACGAUGUCGCUGCAGUAUCAACCAGAAGCCCAGUGCCCCCAGAGAUGAGGAGACACAGGAGGAGAACCUGAUUGUCUCCAAUGCUGCAGCGGCUGUCAAAGAGACUCAAGCAGAGAACUGAGGCGACUCCACUGGACUGAGCUGCCUUCUAAAAUGACGAUUAAAAGUGGUUAUAUAGAAGUGUAAGAGGGGAGUUAUAUGUUUAGAUGUGUAAUAUGUACUGUAUAUAAAAGGUUGAGCCACUGAGACAAACCUUUAGCCCGUUGUGACCGUGCCAGUCCACCAGUGCUCUUGUCCGUUCCCGUGCCUUUCUGUGACUCUCACUCCGGUUCUUUGUCUUAGCCAGGAGCACCUUCAAGCCUGAUAAGAAGUGUUAAUGUUUUGUGGUCUGCUGUUCUUUGUUUUGUAUUUCUAUCUAUUGCCUUUAGGUUUUAGAAUACUGUAUGUCAGUAUGUUGUUUAUCUUGUCAAUUGUAAUGUUUGUCAUAUUUGGAUUAUAACAUAUAUGCAUAUAUACUGUAUACAUCUAUAAGUAUAUAUAUAAAGACAGAUACGAUAUACAGUUAAAUAUCCAUCAUUUAAGUCUACCAUUGAAUGGUUGGUUUGCGUGCACAUGUGUGGGCAUAUCCUGUAUAUAUGAGUUAUAUCACAAGUGCAUGUAUAUCUCUACAUGUUAAUGUGAUGAGCCUUAUAUAAGACAAUCUCAACUGCCACAGCUCUCUGACUGAGCACAGUAAUGGUUUGCAGGUAUCUGCAUGAGCUCCUCUGCUGCAGUGUUUUUACCGUCCACAAUGGAGAGAGCUUGUGCUUCAGCUGUUUCACUGCCUUCUUCUCCACACAUCUGCUUCCUGGCUCCGUCACUGGCUCCGCCAGGAUUAACUAUAGUCUACUGUCCAGCAUACUAUGAUUAGUUCACCUGCAUACACUCGCUAGUGCCGCAAAUCUACUAAUCUUGGGUCUCUUUCUUUCUUGUGUUUUGCUUGCUCAGUCUCUCUGAUGCCUUUGAGUGGCCGUCUAUUACAUGACAAACCCUUUGAUGCUGAGUUUGAGAGAAGUGAAAUGUAAAAUGUAUGUGCAAGAAAUUGUAGCUUCACAUAUGCCAAAUCAUAGCGAGAGAACAAAUGACCAAUCCUUGUUGUGAAUUCCCUGUACUUAAUGUCAUCAAUCUUAAGUCUGAGUGUUUUAAAGACGACCACUGUACACUUUAAUGCUUAGUUUAUUUUACGCAUGAGGCCUUGUUGUGUAGCCAUCUGUUGUGCUUUUGGCAGAAACAAAUAAAGCUGUCUGACCAUUCACAA